AUGCCAACGGCGUCGUAUUGGUGUUAUCGAUGCACACGCUUUGUCAGAGUAGCGGAAGAGGACACGGUUGUGUGUCCUCACUGCGAGGGAGGAUUCAUUGAAGUUGUGGAGCCCAACGCGCCGCCGCGGCGACGUCUUCCAGCCGCUGCGAUGUACAUGCUACGGAGCAGCGAUCGGUCAGAUCUGAGGCUCCGGCGUCGUGGUCGACGUAACAACGGCGACUGGUCUCCUUUCAAUCCGGUCAUCGUUCUUCGCAGUGUCGCUGACGUUUCGGCUAGCGGUGUGGACGAGAAUUCCGGAGGGGGAGAGAGAGGUUUUGAGUUGUAUUAUGACGAUGGAGCAGGUGCCGGCCUACAACCGUUGCCGGCGAUGAUGUCGGAGUUUCUGAUGGGGUCAGGAUUUGAUCGAUUGCUUGAACAGUUAUCACAGAUCGAUAUAAACGGAUUAAGUCGUUCAGAACAGCCACCGGCGUCAAAAGCUGCGGUGGAAUCGAUGCCAACGAUCGAGGUAUCAAGUUUACACGUCAGCACCGAAUCGAACUGUGCAAUUUGCAUAGAAGCGUUUGCUCUGGGUGCCGCAGCUCGUGAGAUGCCUUGUAAGCACAUUUACCACCCCGAUUGCAUCCUCCCAUGGCUCUCUAUGCGAAACUCCUGUCCCGUCUGCCGCCAUGAACUGCCAACAGAUACAACGGAGUCAAUAGAACGUUCGGAGCCAAUCGAGGAAGAAUCAGCGGCAGUUGGAUUGACGAUAUGGAGAUUACCUGGUGGGGGAUUUGCAGUCGGCAGGUUCACCGGCAGCAGAAGAACCGGCAGUGGCGAGAGAGAGCUUCCGGUUGUGUACACCGAAGCUGACGGUGGGUUUAGUGACAAUUCCGGUUCACCAAGGAGAAUUAUGUGGGAAUCAAGAAGGUAUAGGGCGAGAGGACAGGGUGGAAUGGGUAGCGUUUUCCGCAACAUGUUUUCGUUUUUUGGAAGAUUGAGAUCGUCUUCAAAUUCUUCUGACUCUAAUGGAUCAUCAAUGAACAGAAGUCGUAGUCUUUCAAGUUCAGUUUUCGGCAGAAUGACAAGGAGGAGAAGUAGAACUUGGAUAUUGGAGGAACAAAAUGAACGAUAUGGUAUCAAAUCUAGGCUAAAGAACUUUACACCAUAUAAAGCUGAAUUUUGUCAACAGUUCGUGCUUCAUGAUAUCAAGAAGACAAGAACAAGAAUGGCGGGACUCGGGAGAUACAAUUACAAACAAAACAAACUACCAAGAAGCUAUCAAAGUACAAAGAUGUCACAUAUUACAAGCGGGAAAAGAAGAUUCACUAUCACCUUACAAAAUAGACUAAAAUGGAAGGAAAACAACACCUCUUUGAGCAAGAUUACGAGUAACGAGAAUUCUAUUUAA